AUGGCGGGCGAACUGCGCCGCCUCCUGAGGCUGCACCGCACGGAGAUCGCCAUGGCCGUGGACAGCGCCUUCCCGCUGCUGCACGCGCUGGCCGACCACGACGUGGUCCCCGAGGACAAGUUCCAGGAGACGCUGCGCCUGAAGGAGAAGGAGGGCUGCCCCCAGGCCGUCCACGCCCUCCUCUCCUGGCUCCUCACCCAGGACUCGGCCGCCAUCCUGGACUUCUGGAGGGUUCUCUUCAAGGACUACAACCUCGAGAGAUAUGGCCGGCUGCAGCCCAUCCUAGACAGCUUCCCCAAAGAUGUGGACCUCAGCCAGCCCCGGAAGGGCAGGAAGCCCCCUUCUGGCCCCAAGGCCUCAGUGCUGCCGCCCAAACCCCCCACCAAGAGAAAGGCCCCAGAAGAGCCUCGAGCUGUCCCACCAGCGGCCCUGACCCCAAGGGGAACCUCUAGCCCAGGCUCCCAACCGAAGGCCAAGCCCCCCAAGAAGCCGGAGAGCAACACAGAGCCGCAUCGCCUCCCACUGGGAAACGGGAUCCAGACCAUGUCAGCUUCAGUCCAGAGAGCUGUGGCUGUGUCCUCUGGGGAUGUGCCGGGGGCCCGAGGGGCCGUGGAGGGGAUCCUCAUCCAGCAGGUGUUUGAGUCAGGGGCCUCCAAGAAGUGCAUCCAGGUGGGCGGGGAGUUCUACACUCCCAGCAAGUUGGAGGAGCCUGGCGGCGGCAAGAGCAGGACCCGCGGCGGCAGCCUGAAGCCUCUGGUCCGAGCCAAGGGAGCCCAGGGCACCGUCCCUGGCGGAGGUGACCCGCGGGUAGGCCAGCAGGGCAGGGUCCCCGCCCCUCCGGCCCUCCCCAGCGAGCCCCAGCUGCACCAGAAGAACGAGGAUGAGUGUGCCGUGUGCCGGGACGGCGGGGAGCUCAUCUGUUGUGACGGCUGUCCUCGGGCCUUCCACCUGGCCUGCCUGUCCCCACCGCUCCGGGAGAUCCCCAGUGGGACCUGGAGGUGUUCCGGCUGCCUCCACGGAGGAGCCCAGCAGGGCCUGCCCCGCGCACAGGAGCCCCAGCCCCUGGGACCGCCUGUGGAGACCCCGGUCCCCCUGGGGCUGAGGCCAGCAGGAGAGGAGGCACAGGGCCUGCCCAGGGAGCCCGUGGCCAGCGUGGACGCUGCGCUCACCUAUAAGCACCCGCCGGCCCCGCCGUCCGCAGCCCCCCCACCGGCAGUGCUGGAGCCCUCGGCCCUGCACCCCCUGCUGUGUGUGGGUCCCGAGAGGCAGCAGGGCCCGGCUCCUGCGCGGUGCGGCGUGUGCGGGGACGGUGCGGACGCGCUGCGGUGCGCGCACUGCGCCGCCGCCUUCCACUGGCGCUGCCACUUCCCGGCGGGCGCCGGCCGGCCCGGGACCAGCCUGCUCUGCAGAUCCUGCGCCCGAGACCCGGCCCCCGCCCCCGGGGAGGACGCGCCCGCACCCAGCCCGGCCCCGGGGCCCGCCAAGGAUGACUCUGCCGGUCCGGAGCCCGUUCUGCACAGGGAGGACCUGGAGUCGCUCCUGAGCGAGCACUCCUUCGACGGCAUCCUGCAGUGGGCCAUCCAGAGCAUGUCCCGCCCGCUGGCCGAGGCGCCCCCGUUCCUGUCCUGA